AUGGGUAUUUGUGCCUCCUAAAGUGAACCUAAGAAAGUAAAGAAAUAAAAGAAUUAAUCUGUAACCAUGCCAUCUCUGUAGCCUCUUACUACUAGAGAACAAAAAACGAAUACAAUGCAAUUUUAAGAGCCUACUUCGAUUCAUAGAAUUACUACACCAAUUCGUCGUGUUUCACCUAAUCAAACCACAACUCCUGUUUAAAAAGCAUCACCAAAUAAUACAGCCACACCUAUCUAAAGGGUCUCUGUUUCUAAUCAUCCAACUCCAAAAACGAUGAUCAUCUAAUCAACAUAAUUACAAGAGAGGACCAGAAAUGGAUCUCUAUUAAAUCUACCUAUGAAAAGAUUGAGCACAAAGCCAGGUUAAAAAUCCAUUCAAUCUCCAGCAUCUAGAAACUAUUCUAUUGUUUCAGGAUAAUUUCACAGUAAAUAUUUUAUAUAAGUUUGAAGACAUUCAAAGUAAAACGGUCAUGUAACAUAAUGAGACUGGACAAUUAGUUAUAGUGGAAAUUCUUAAAUUUGAAAAUAGGAAUCAACAAUAUAUUGACAUGUUGGAUGAACUACGACUAGUAAUUCUCAAUAAUAAUAUUUUAAGGAUUAAAUGCAUAUUGUUAACAUUUUAGAUAUUCACAUUGAUUCACAUAAAAGAAAUUACUAAAUAGUUUAUGAACAUUGUCAAGGUGGACCUUUGUCUAAGUUUCUAGACUCAAAUUAAUUGGAAUACUAAACCAUAGGAUCUAUAUUUUAUCAAAUGGUAGAAGCAUUAGCAUAUGUUCAUUAAUUAGGCUACAGUCAUGAUGAAUUAACUAUUGAUAGUUUCUCAAUUUUUGAUGAUUUUUCAACACCCUUUAUCAAAUUAUCAGAAAUAAGAAGCAUCUAUUAAUUUAUGUAUCCUAAGAAUUCAGUACUCUAUGAACCACCUAAUUCACCUAAUCAUAAUCAUAAAGAUACCAAUAAACUUUAAAAUAUACAAACAAAAAAUAGAAGUUAAUCAAAUGAUAUCUGGGCAUUGGCUAUAAUAAUAUUAUAAUUGAUUAAUCAUUAAUUUCCAUUUGAAAUAGAAGAAAUCAAAAAAUUUAAACCACAAAUAGCUUUUGCUAAAUAAGAAUUAGAUAUCUAUCCUUUAUUAAUAGAAAUGCUUCACCAUAAUCCAAAUGAUAGAAUCACACUUGAUAAAUGUUUAAUUCAUCCUUAUCUAAUAAAAAUGAAAUAGAUUCAAUCUAAAGAUUAUAUAUAACCAUUUACAAAUAUCAUCUAAUCCAAAAAUAUGACUUAUUUACAUAAAUGUCUAUUUCAAUAUCUUCUAUCAUUAUAUGCAACAGAUCAUUUAAAAGUACUUACAAAAUUAUUUAGUACUGCUGAUCUUAACAAAGAUGGUUAAUUAAGUGAAAAAGAAUUAAAGCUAAUCUUUAAUUAAUAACCUUAAGAUUAUUAAUUUUAAAUAUCUGACUUUAUUAACAUAACUUUAGAAGAUUUCCUUUUAUUUGCUGCUGAUAAACAGCUUGUGCUUACUCAAGAUUGUCUUACAUCAAGUUAUAAGACUUUAUCAAGAUCCUAAAAUUAAAUCACUCCAAAAUUAAUUACCAAAAUUAUUACAGAUUGUGAUGAAGAUUAACUCUAAUAAGAUUUCGAUACUUAUAACUUAAAUUAUGCAGUAUAAAUAUAUAUUAAUAAUACAUUAGUUUUAAUAAUAAAAAUAUGAAGAAUUUCUGAAUAAUUACAAAUCUCCAAAACCUAUUAUUUGA